AUGUUCUGCCGUCUCAAAGAACUUCCAGCCGUCUUUAAUUGUAAACUGUUGGAUGGUGUCAGUUUUAAAGACGUGAAGAAGGAACGCGAGAUGGUGAAGUGGGAACACAUGAAGGCAAUGGAUUACUUGAGAGAGCCAUCGACCAAGUCGGGAGGAAAACGAUCUGGCGUGGAGUCAAGAGCGGUGGUAUUCCGCGGCGUCGGUACUGGAGCUGGCAUCGGACCAGGGCCGGCAAUGGACCUGAAGACAGAGAUGUCUGCAGUCACUGAGGGCAUUGGUAUGGAGCUGGAGAGACGCUUCAAAGACCUAGACAGCCACUUUCAACGUUUCAACGAAGUGGAUUCACGUCUCACAGAGGUCACACAAACGCUUUCCACACUUGGAGAGGUGGUGCGACAAGUGACUGCUACACAAGAACAG